AGAACCCUCUGAUAUGAAGUAUCUUUAUUUCUUGCCCACCUCCCCUUACAUAUAUAACAUAUUAACAUCUAUCAGUAUCUCACUCCUACUCUUACUCCCACUCCCAACUAAAUCAUCUACAAUAACCUAAACUUUCUACUUUUAUAACUAAUCUUCAACAUUUUACUCAUUUUUCUCCUUUAACAGCCUCCAUAUAUUUCCAUUUUUGAAAGACAGAUAGCAAGAUUCUUGUCAUCAGCCUCUAGAUUUAUAAUUAUCCGAAAAUAUAAGAAAUCAUACAACAGCAAUGAUGUCAGAAUCUUAAUCUCAAAAGAUUGAAAUCGAUUAAUAGAUCGAAAAUGAUGAGAUUUAAAGAAAAAGGUGUAUCAUACAAUACAAAGCAAGAAGUAACGGAAGAACACAAACCAAGUAUAUCAUUAUUAGCAUCGGGAUCAGGAUUAGGGUCAGGAUCAGGGUCAGGAUCAAGACAAUGGUCAUCAGGGUUAAAGAACAAUCCAAGAAUAGUAAGAGCAUCACGUACAUUUGGAGGAAAAGAUAGACAUAGUAAAGUGUGUACAAUUAAAGGAUUAAGAGAUAGAAGGAUUCGACUCUCAGUGCCUACAGCAAUUCAACUCUAUGAUCUUCAAGAUAGGCUUGGUUUAAAUCAACCAAGUAAAGUUAUUGAUUGGUUAAUUGAUUCUACUAAAGAUGAUAUUGAUAAACUCCCUCCUUUACCCAUGAUUCCUACUACUUUUACUCAUCAUCAAGGUUAUGGGUUACCCUUUUCUUCUAAUGUUAUUUCUCCUUUUUUUGAUACUAAUUUGUUAUCUUCUAGGAAAGAAGUAAUGGGUAUUAAUAUUAAUGAUUCUAAUUUUGAAAAUCAUUUGCAAAACAAUGAUGGGGAUGGGGAUGGGGAUGAAGAUGAGGAUGAUCAAUCAAUUGUGGCUAAAUUGAAGUAUUGGGAUUCUAAACAAAAAGGAUUAGAUCAUAAUAAUAAUGGUCAUGAUCAAGGAGGUACAUCACAAAUUUUGGCUCAAAAUUUGUUCCCAAUUGCAAGUAGUACUAAUAAUAGUAUGUUAAGUUCUCAAAACCAUAGUCAACCUUCCUUUUUAGGUAAUAAUCCUAUGUUUAAUUAUUACUAUUUGGAACCUUCAACUUUAUCUUUGAGUCAAUUUGGAAACUCAACACAACAACCAUCUUCAUUAUCACUUUCUUCUAUGUCUCAAUUGUUUCAAUGUAAUUCUAUGCCAAGUAAUUCAUCUUAUUUUCCUCAUAAUCAUAAUCAUAAUCAUGGGUUGUUUGUGAAUAGUAGUAGUCAUCAUCAUCUACAACAAGUUGAGAAUGAAAUGAGGGCUUUCAAUAGAUUUCAUUUGUCUAGUAAUUCUUACUCAUCUUCCUUCCAAAACUCAAGUGGAUCGGAGAUGAAACCUUUCCCUUUGAGCAUGAAUCAUGACUCGAGUUUGCAACAUAAUGAUGAAGAUAAUCGUCAAGGGAAGAAUGAUCAGAGUUUGUGGAAGGAAUCUUCAGGGAAUUAGUUGAAUAGAUAUGCUUAAAGAUCAACCAGACUCUACCCUUGGACGGGACUCAUUGGGAUAAUUCAUGAUGAUAUGUUUAAAGAUCACAAGAUCAUGGGAAAGAGAAAGAAUAGAAAUCUCCAAAGAUGGAUGUUUGAAGAUUGAGCAAAGACUAUGAGUACAAGUUUCAUAUUUGAUCAAUGUAAGCUUACAUAAAACUUUUGUAUUACUUGUAUUAUUAGACAUGUUUCUUGAAAUUGCAAUGCAAUGUCUAGAUAGUGGAUGAUGAUACAUGUUUAGUCAUAUGUUUUCUUAUAAUAAGAGUAAUUAAUUAAUCAUGUCAAAA